AUCUCACUCCAUUGUUUACUUCCAUGGAUGAAAAGAGUUAUAACUAUAUCAAGAGCUUCAUUGAUGCCCAGAUACGUGAGAUCAACCGUCCGGUGGAGCUCAGCCGCCAGGUCAAGGCGGUGUUGAGUGAUGAAAACAUCAAUAUCAAGCAGUUUCAAAUCACCUUGAUGCGCUUGAAUCUCUUGAUCCGCAGACACAAUUCUAACAUGUUCCCACCCCGAAUCAUAAACCAGAUUAUUAACCAGAUUAUCAAGAGCGAGAACUACAAGAUCGAGCUUGUGAACGAGCGCUUGAGCCGGAUCUCUAAGAUCAUCAAGCCAUUGAUUCUAACCAAUCUCAACCCCCUGAGCAGCAGUCUCCAGAGCGUUGGGGAGGUGAACGAGUUGAUCAGUGAGUUGCCCGAGGCCAAGUACUUGUUUGUGACACAUUCGGUGGGCACCCACAAUGACGACCCUGAAAGCCAACCCCAAGUGGAAGAUGAAGAUGAAGAUGAAGAUGAUGUCCAGUAUGGAGAUGGAUUGGUUGAAGACUUUGAAGAGACCGUCAAAACCCCGGCUAAGAACGAGAAGUUGAAGUUCCAGCAGACGUUGUACCGCCAGCUUGAUCAGAAAAUGGGACUUGAUAAUGAGUUGCUCGAACAGUACGGAGUGGUGAGGAGCCGCUUACUAGAGACAAAUGAGCAGCUACAGUACAAGCAGUCUAAGAUGAAGUAUCUUGAGUUGUUGCGGAGGAAGUUGGCGGAUGCGAUGGGAAUGACCAUUGAAGACGACCGGUUGGUGGUUCUGCUGGUGGACAAUCUGAUGCGGAGCGAGAUGAGCAGGUUUAAGUUACUAGUGGAUUCGAUAGCGUUCAAGGUGGACGGAGCCAACAGAUCCCAAGUGGUGGAGAUGCUCCGAGAGGUAUGAGGGGUUGGGGCAUGGAACAAUUAUCACAUAUACAUCCAACUGACAGUCUAUACCAGCUGACAUUUCACAUUUACAUCACAUCCUGACAUUUCACAUUUACAUCACAUCCUGACAUUUUAAUGAUACACGACUUUAGCAUAAACACCUACACAAUUCACAUCCACUACGAGUAAAUAACUGGCCGAUUUAUAUUAAAGAUCUAUAUUACAGCAUCUAAUCGAAUAAACCGAAUCCCAUGUCAUCAUCAGAUUCUUCCUUUUCUUCUUCUUCAGCAGCAGCUUCUUCUUCAGCAGCAGCAGCACCACCAGCAGCGGCACCAGCACCUGAAGAAGCAGCGGCACCUCCAGUUGGGACGGAAGCCAACUUGGUGUUACCUUCAGCAAUCAACUCUUGGAUGUCCUUACCUUCCAAUUCCUUCAACAAAGCAGAAAUUCUGGCUUCAUCAACAUCAGCGUUCACAGCAGACAAGAGGGAGGAGACGUCGGAGGCAGAUGGAGCGGUGUUUCCACCUUGAACCAAUAACAAGUAAGCAGCUAAGUAUUUCAUAGUUCUAAUAGAAUAAUCACUUUUAAGCAACGGUUGCAGACUAUCCUUUGAAGAUUUAAUGUAAGGUUU